UGUGUGCUCGUGUUCAUAUCUGCGUCACAGCAGAAGCUUGUCGCUGGCUGGAGAAGAGGAGAGGAGAAGAGGAGAGGAGAAGAGACGCGCGGUUUCUUUCUUGUCUUUGAUCUUUUCUAAAUAAAUCAUCCAUCAUGGUCAAAGUGACCUUUAAUUCCGCUCUUGCCCAAAAGGAGGUGAAGAAGGACAGCGAGACUCUUAUUCCCGAUGACAAGGACCCUGAGGCGGCGCAGGUUGUGGGCCAGCCUUCAAGGGCGUGGUGCUGGUGCUUCUACCUGGGACUGGCCCUCGUGCUGUCGGGUGUGGUUGUGGGCGGAGCUUACCUGUACAGGUACUACGUGCUGGAGGAAGGGCAGGUGUUUGUGUGCGGCGUGAAGUACCGUGAGGAGAACUUCAGGAUCCAGGAAGAGAACGAUGACCUGGUGGAGGAACCUGCAGUGGGCUUGCGUAGGAUUGACGAGAUCGUGCGAGUGCUGCAGGACGAGGAGGUGGAGCUCAUCGACGUCCCGGUGCCCAACUUCAGCGACAGCGACCCGGCCGUCAUCGUGCACGACUUCAAACGGAGGCUGACAGCGUAUUUGGAUUUGAGUUUGGAUAAAUGCUACGUGAUUCCCCUGAACACGUCCGUGGUCAUGCCUCCUCACGACUUAAUGGAUCUGCUGGCCAAGCUCAAGGCCGGCACCUACCUGCCACAGACGUAUCUGGUGCACGAGCAGAUGAUUGUGACGGAGAAGCUGGAUGACAUCGAGCCCCUGGGUUCCUACAUCUACAAAGUGUGCCGAAACAAAGACACGUACAGACUGCAGCGCCGAGACACCAUACUGGGUCUGCAGAAACGUGAAGCUCUGAACUGUCGCAAGAUCCGGCAUUUCGAGAACCACUUCGCCAUGGAGACCCUGAUCUGUGAGCUGUGAUGAGAAAGAAAAUAAGAUUGAAAGAGAGAGAGAGAGAGA